AUGGAACAUAAUAAAUAAAAUAUGAUUUCAUUUCUAGGUAUACUGAAAACUAUUGAAAUUAAUGAUGAAAAAUUUGAUUAAUUGGAAUCUCAUAUUAACAAAUAAAAUUAUAUCCAAAAUCCUCUAAUUGAUUCUAAACAUAGAAAAUCAUUAUAAUGUUUAAUAUAGUAUUUAUUAAUAGCAUUUUAAGGAUUAAUGUAAUCAUUAAAUUAAUUAGAUUUUUUUCUUAGUAAGAUUUAAGUAGUAAAUCCUUAAGCUUUAUUGUUAUAAGUAAAAGAAGCAAAUAUGAUAAUUUAAAUAUUUGUGCAAUAUUUAAAUGAAAUAAUUGGAUGCAAAUUUUGGAAUGAAAGUGGGCAACAACUGUUAAAGUUAUUUUUUGGAAGAUAAAAAUUAUCAUAAUCUAUAUAAAAAUAUAAAUGA